AUGGAGACUAAAUCUGCUGCAAGCCUUCCUGAUGGUGAUGCUGAAACAAAGAAGAACGAGAACGAAAUGUAUAGACCAUGGUCUAAUCUUCCAGACCUUCUGAUUCAUAUGAUCUAUGAUCGGCUAGAUCUCAAAGAGAAAAUCAGAUUUGCAUCUGUCUGUGUUAAUUGGGGAAGUGCUGCUCCAAAAUUCCCAAUAGGUAGUCCUCAGAAGCUCAUUCCAUGGUUACUGUUCCCUCAUGAUUCACUUACUGAAACAGUUAGUUUUUUUAACUUACCAGAAAAUAUGAUUUAUCAUGUAAGAAUACCUAAAGUGAAUAUGCAUCUGUGUAGAGGUUCUUCAGAAGGAUGGUUGUUUUUGUUUGCUGAUGUAAGAGAUGAUCAAUGUUUCCUAUUAAAUCCAUUCACCAAAAACCUAAUUCGACUUCCGCCUCUUGGAACAAAACCGCGACGAUCUGUUCUUAAGAUGAUCUUGUCUUCUAAUCCUGAUACCAGUGAAGAUUGGAAGGUUAUUGUUCAGUUAACAUCAAGUGGGCUACUCUUUUGCGAAUCCGGAGACAUGUCAUGGUCUAUUGGGUUGCCACAGAAUAGAAGUGAUUUUGAUUAUGAGAACAUCAUAUUUUGUGAUGGGAAAGUUUAUGGGUAUGGCCUCUCAACUCCUUCACUUUGGGUUUUUGAUUUGAAAACUCAACAACAAACCUUCAAGUCUUGCAGAAAACCAAAUCAUCUUUCUCAUAACCUAAUCUCUUACCUUGUUGAAUCAAAUGGAGAAAUCUUUUUGGUUGCAAGGUUCUUGAAGAAUUGUGAUCAAUCUGAAGAAGCUGCCAAUUACCAUUAUAGAACCUUUAAAUUUGAGCUAUACAAGUUGAUGAAAGAGAAUGAUGGGUAUGGGUAUGAGAAUGGGCGGGUCAGGCAAUAUGAGUAUGGAUGGGUCAGGCAAUCAAAUUUGGGAGCUGAUCAAGCAUUGUUUCUUAGCAAAACUGGUUCCAAAUUUGUCUCAACUAUUGAGAACCCAAGAGUACACAGUAAUUCUAUCUACUUUACAAAUGAUUUACAUCCUCGAACAGCUAAGGUUUGUGACACUGGUGUCUGCCAUGUUGAGGAUGGACAGAUAGAACCAUUUCUUCCAUUCAACUCGAUUUCUGUCAAGUUUCCUUCAGCUUGGCUAGUGUGUGAUGUAGAAGAGACAUCGGAUGAGUUCUUGAGCGAGUUGGACCAGUAG